GUCAACCCUUUUUUUAUUGUUGCGCGCGCUUCUAUUGUAAUAUUCACAGUUCUUUAUGUUUCCUAAUUUUUGUUUCAUGUUAUUAUUUUUUUCCGCCAUCUGACCUCUGUGUAAUUUUACCCAACAAAAAAAAAUGCACCUUUAAACAAAAAGCAAAAAUGAUUCUUUACAACUAAUUGUUGUUGUUCUUUUUUAUAAAAAAUACUGUGUGCCAAUUUCGCCAAUAAACACUUUGACAUCUCACGGUAAAAUUAUUAUUAUUGUGUGCUUUAAAAGUCAUAAAAACCGCAUCAUCGCAGAAGGUUUCGAAGUUUGCUAUUGCCAAUCAGCUGUUUUCAAGAUCCACGAUCUCUCUUAAAAAAAGUGUGCAAUUUUCAAAGAGAAUUUAUUUUUAGUGUGGUGCAAUGGUGCGCGUGUCUUUGUUAAAUCGUCGCUUUGUCGAUAAAUGCCGUUUGCCUUUUUAUUUUUUCUAAAUAAUAAUUAGAGAGAAAAUAUUCCUCUUUAGUCUUCCAUUAAACGAAAAAGAAGUUUUUUUUUAAAUCGUAAACUCCCGAGAGGAUAUUUUUGUCCUGUCUCCAGAUUUUUGCAGAUUUUCGCCGAUUUUCUCCCAAUUAAAUCAGGAACAAUGCAAAGAACAAAAGCCAGUAUUUUUCAUGAUAUUUAUAAUCAACCUUACAAUGAUUGCACGAAAGUUAAACUCUACUCGAGUACAAAAGCGAGUCUUCAAAUGAUUCAACGAAUGUCAUUGCUGAAGAGAUUAAAGGUCCACGAUGGUUGUGUUAAUUCAAUUUGCUGGAAUAGUACCGGAGAUUUAAUUUUAUCUGGAAGUGAUGAUCAGCAUUUGGUACUCACGAAUGCUUAUACUUAUCAGGUAUUAAUAAACCAUAAAACUAGCCAUAGAGCAAAUAUUUUUAGCGCUAAAUUUUUGCCUAAUAGUGAUCAUCGAGUUGUAUCGUGUAGUGGUGAUGGAAUUAUUCUCUUUACAGAUUUACUGAGGUGGACCGGAACAUUUCAUAAUCAAUUUAAUUGUCAUAGCGGCACUACCUACGAAAUUGCAACAAUACCCGGUGAACCACACAAUUUUUUGAGUUGCGGAGAAGAUGGAACUGUGAGAUGGUUCGAUCUUCGGAUAAAAGACAAAUGUAACGAGCCAAGGUGUAAAGAGGAUGUUCUCAUUUCUUGCCAACGGGCUGUGACUGCUUUGUCUGUUAAUCCAGUUAUGCUUCACCAAAUUGCAAUUGGUUGUUCAGAUAGUACAGUCAGAACUUUUGAUAGAAGAAUGUUGAGUACACAUGCGACUGGUUCCACAGAUAAUGGAAUGGGAUCAAGUCCAUUAAGCAGUUUCACUGUGCCUGAAUUUGAUGGAAAUUCAUAUAGAAUAACAUCUUUAAGCUACAGUCCAGAUGGCCAAGACGUUCUUGUUAGUUAUAGCAGUGAUCAUCUUUAUUUAUUCAGUGUAAAGGAUCAGGGAAGUGUACAUUUCAAGAAAAAUAUGUCCCAUGGGAAGAGUAAAGGAUUAAAACAUCCCUUGAGAUCACCACAACCAGUUCGACGAUUAAGAUUGCGUGGAGAUUGGUCUGAUACUGGACCAGAUGCCCGUCCUGAGCGAGAAGGUGGUCGACGUAAUGGACCAGAAAUUGCACAAGCCAGACCCGUUCUGCACACGUCCUUAAUGCAGAGAAUGACUGACGUUCUCAGUAGAAUGCUCAACGAUCCAGCAACAAGGGCCGCCUUAAGUGGAGGCGGUGAGGACAGUUUAGAAGGCGUUAUGGAGCAGCACGUCGAGAAUAAUCAGAACAGUACGGAAGGAAAUUCGGAACUUAAUGUCGCGGUAGGCGGCAGUGAGAGCGAAAGAGUCGAACACGAAAUUUCUGAUAAUAAUGAAAAUCAAAGUGAAAAUCCACCUGGCCAGGAAUCUCUAGUCGAUAGAGAGAGGGACUUGACAAUAGUAGAACCAGUUGAAACGCAAACGCCUCUCGAAGCAAAAGCAACGACGAGUGAAAAUUUAAGUGAUAAAGUAAAUAAUUUAGGGGAGGUGAGUCCAACACGUGAGGAGUCUACUGCUUCGUCAAGCGCCGAGUCCACUACUGGCAGUCGGGUCAGUUUUAAUGAAACAGUUGCUCCCAUGGAAACUGAAUCUAGUCACGCCGAAGAGCAAUGUUGUCUUCAAUCAUUCAUAACGAAUAAACGUCGAAUGAGUCAGCUUUCAACAUUAAGCGAGCACAGCGCGGAUGUUGGAACUAGUCACGAAGGAAGUAUUAUGGAAAAUCUUCAAGAUCGAUUGACAACAAUGAGAGACGGAUUUCUCGAGAGGCACGGCAGUGAACCCGCAGUAAGUUUAACUUAUUCAGAUAAAAGUUCAACGAACGCGACGAUUUCUCUUGGAGUCGCAGACGAAGUCACACGUGACGCUUAUCAUCCAGAACCAUCUGCGAGUGGAAAUAGUAGGAUGCAACUAAGCGAUGCUGGACCAAGUUGUUCGCAUGUCAGUCAAUCAAAUUUUAGUGAUAUUCGUGAAAGAACAGAUGAAGAUGUUUAUAAUGACAGUGACGACGAAGAAAUGGAAUCGAAGCGAAGACUUGAUAGUGCUAUUGAAGUCGAAAUGGAUGAGGCGAUCGCUAAUGCCCGAGCAUCUCAGGAUGAGGAACCUUUUGAUGAAUCCUACAUAACGGAACUUCACGUCAAGCAAAAAUACAUGGGACACCGUAAUGCGAGGACUAUGAUAAAGGAAGCAAAUUUCUGGGGCGACGAUUACGUGAUGUCUGGAAGCGAUUGUGGACACGUCUUUGUCUGGGAUAGAGAAACGGCAAAACUUUGUAUGUUACUCGAGGCCGAUCAGCAUGUCGUCAAUUGUCUGCAGCCACAUCCUUUUCUUCCAAUGCUCGCCACUUCUGGAAUUGAUUACGAUGUCAAACUCUGGGCUCCCAUUAAUGCUGAGACAAAUUUCGAUGAAACUUUUGCAGACGACUUGAAGAAAAGAAAUGCAGUUAUGUUGGAAGAAACCAAAGAUACAAUUACAGUUCCUGCUGUAUUUAUGAUAAGAAUGUUAGCGUGUUUGAAUCAAAUACGCAGAGGACGUGGCCGCAGAAGCAGAAGUAGCGAUGAGACAGACGAAAUGCGAGGCGGUUAAUGAUUUCUCUUUCAUUAACCAAAACAUUGUUUGAUAGCUAUUUAUACAUUGUCUCAUUCGAAGGACUCACACACACACAUACACUCGUUAAGAAUGAAAAAAAAAAUCCCCUACUUUUUAAAAUGCUCAACAAGAAUUUUUUAAAGUCUUCAUGAACAUGCAUAUAUAAAUAGUUUUAGAUAGAAAAACGCCUAUAUUUUGUAAUAUUUAAUCGAAUGAAAUUUAAAUAUUCAGCUUGGAAUUGUUUUCAUAUCCAGAGAGAGAGAGGAUAGUAGAUUUUUUUCUAUAGACAGUAGAUUCUGUUUUUUCAAUUCUACUGCUUAAAUUUAACAAAAAAAAAAGAAUUUCUUAUAAAAGAAAAACAUAUUUUUAAAAAAGUGAGAUUUUACUUUCUCGUAUAUAUUUCGAAUUUUUAGAGAAAAAUUAAAUAAUUUUUAAAUAAGAAAUAAAUUAACUUUCCCAGUGAGAUAUGAUUAAAUUUUUAAUUUUAUAGUUUUAAUUUAAAUAUCUUUCGUAGAUUUCAUUGUUUUUACAUUUAAAAAAAAAAGUUUGCAUUUUUGUCCAAUUUGAUAGAUUGGACUGAAUCAGAUCUUCCUAUUUGUAAACUAUAUCCAAUGUAUGUAUAUUAAAAAUUAUAUAUUUUGUGUGUACCAAGCGAUAAAAUAGAGGUUGUGAGAAUAUAAAUUAUUAUUUAAAAAUUAAUUCUUUAGAGGUGGAUAAAUACCAGAAAAAAAAAAUUUGUCACACAAAUCUUAAAAAGUUUGAUACGUCUUUUUUUUGUCACGUGUCGAAAAAUGUGUGCCUUAAAUUUGAAAUAUCCUAAAUUGAGUUGCGUAUUAAAAAAAAAUUGAAGAAGAAAAAAAAAGCAACUAUAAAUAUCAACAAUGGUUCUUUAAAAUUCACCUCUAAAGGAUUUUCUCGAAUUGACUGUAGAUAGACUAAUUAGCUUUUAAGCACAAGUUCCUUAAUAAGAAAAAAAAGUAACUUAAAUCGAGUACCUUAGGUUUUUAGAUAUAAAGAGUGUUUUUUGCCAAGAUGCUUUUCAAACGUACGUAUAAUGUGAAUUUUACAGAGCGAAAGUAUAUAUUGUAGGCAUUUUGUUAAUAAAUAACAGCUUCGGAAGUAAA